CGAGUUAAGAGCUGGCCAUCAAUGGCUGAAGCAGAAAAGGCAGGCAGAAUUGCGAAGAGGAGAAAGAUGGGAGAUAGAAAAGCAGCAGAAAAGUGGCCUCUCAUUAAACCCAAAAAGAAUCUCCAAAUUACUCGUCUCAAAGACACCGAUCUAUUUACUGUGCAAGAUUUCUUCUCUUCUGCUGAAUCAAAAGCAUUUGUUAAAGCUGCAGAAUCUAUUGGUUUUGCUCACCAAGGGAGUCUGGGUCCAACACAUGGUGAAGCUUAUAGAGAUAAUGAUAGACUUUCUGUCAAUGAUCCUGUUCUUGCAAAUGUGGUAUGGGAGUCAGGACUAAGCAAAUUGUUUUCUGACGUUAAAAUUCGGGGGAAGGUUGCUGUCGGCUUGAAUCCAAAUAUCAGAUUCUAUAGGUACAAGGCUGGUCAGCGCUUUGGACGACAUAUUGAUGAAAGUGUUAAUCUGGGUGAUGGGAAGCGCACUCAUUAUACUCUUUUAAUAUAUUUAAGCGGUGCACCUAAAGCCAAAACUAAAACUGAUCCGAACAGCCAGAAGGAUUCUUCCUCAGAGCCUCUAGUUGGAGGAGAGACUGUCUUCUAUGGACCAAGGAAUAGUGUCGUGGCAGAUGUGGCUCCUGUUGAAGGGAUGGCUCUCCUACAUAUUCAUGGGGACAAGUGUAUGCUGCAUGAAGCUCGGAACGUUACUAAGGGUGUGAAAUACAUUUUUCGUUCAGAUGUAUGUUUUGCUUGAAGCUGUAUGAUCAUUUUUAUAUCAAGCAAGCUCUGUAAGCUUUUCACUUUAGGUUCCUCCAGUUAUGCUUUCUUAUAUUUUUCUAUGUGUUAAAAUGGAAUCCCAACUUCUCCUUGUAAUUUUCGAUUAUUCUUGGGUUCAUCUUGGGAUUAUAUUUUAAAUUUUGGCAUAUCUUGUUGUAAUUUGUUAUCCUUCUCAGACGAACCCAAUUUUUGUAUUGUGGAGGCAACUCAACAUGCAAAAUGAGCCAGCCUUGGUGUACCUCUUGUAAUGCCAAGAUCAUUUAUCUAAGAGAUCUGGAUUCCAUUGUUCUUUCUUUA